UAUAUUUUCCAAUCUCUCCCAACUAGCAAAGGCAUCAGCUUGACAUCCUCUCUCUCUCUUCCUCUCUCGCCUCCGUCGUCGUCGUCGUCGUCGUCGUCGUCGUCGUCGGAGAUGAAGCACUUGGUGGAGGUGGAGAAGGCGACGGAGAAUGCCGGGCCGACGUACCAGAACGUGCUGGCCAAGGACGCCGGACUUCUGCAGCCGCCGCCGGGGAUGGAGAGCUGCUGGGACGUCUUCCGGAAUUCGGUGGAGAAGUACCCCGACAGUCCGAUGCUCGGUCGCCGGAGAGUCGUCAACGGCAAGGCAGGUGACUAUGUUUGGAUGACUUAUAAGGAGGUUUAUGACAUGGUGAUGAAACUUGCUGCAUCCAUUAGCAAAUCAGGAAUCAAGAAGGGUGAAUGCUGUGGCAUCUACGGCGCAAACUGUCCGGAAUGGAUCAUCAGCAUGGAGGCUUGCAAUGCACUUGGGAUUUCCUGCGUGCCGCUCUAUGAUAGUCUUGGUGCUGGUGCAGUGGAGUUUAUCGUGUGCCAUGCUGAAAUCCAGAUCGCUUUUGUGGAGGAAAGAAAAAUUUCAGAGCUCUUGAAAACUUGUCAUGCCACUUCAAAGUAUUUGAAGAUAAUCGUCAGCUUUGGAGGUGUGACAAAUGACCAAAAAGAGGAAGCUAAAAACCAUGGGAUGUCCAUAUUCUCAUGGGAGGAAUUCCUGAUUAUGGGAGGUGAUUAUCAUUUUGAUCUUCCUGAAAAGAAGAAAUCUGACAUCUGCACAAUAAUGUACACAAGCGGAACAACUGGAGACCCUAAAGGUGUUAUGAUAUCAAAUGAAAGCCUUCUUGUUAACAUCUCUGGUGUUGAUUCCGUGACCGGAUCUGUUGGCGAACCUUUUGGUCAUGAUGAUGUUUAUAUGUCAUAUCUUCCACUAGCUCAUAUCUUCGAUAGAAUCUUUGAAGAAGUAUUCAUUUCUCAUGGAUCAAGAAUUGGAUUUUGGCGUGGGGAUGUCAAGCUGUUGGUUGAAGACAUUGAAGCACUAAAACCAACAGUAUUCUGUGCAGUUCCACGUGUACUUGAUAGAAUAUACUCAGGUCUUACAGGAAAGAUUUCUUCUGGUGGUAUACUGAAGAAAACUUUAUUCAAUAUUGCUUACAAGCUGAAACUGGACAGCAUGAGGAAAGGCAUUAAGCAUGAGAAGGCAGCUCCAUUUUUUGACAAAUUAGUUUUCAACAAGGUGAAAGAAAGACUGGGUGGAAACCUACGUUUUAUUGUGUCUGGUGGCGCCCCAUUAGCUGUUGCAGUGGAAGAAUUUUUGAGGGUUGUAACAUGUGCAAGUGUUGUUCAAGGCUAUGGGCUCACGGAAACUGGUGCUGCGUCAUUUGUUGCAAUACCAAAUGAUAUUUCCAUGGUUGGGACAGUUGGUCCACCAGUUCAACAUUUGGACGUACGUCUUGAGUCAGUUCCAGAGAUGGGUUAUGAUGCUUUGUCAAACAUCCCUCGUGGAGAGAUAUGUGUAAAAGGAAGUGUUCUAUUCUCAGGAUACUAUAGAAGAGAGGAUCUUACACAAGAAGUCAUGAUUGAUGGAUGGUUCCACACAGGGGAUGUUGGCGAGUGGCAACCAGAUGGGUCGUUGAAAAUCAUUGAUAGGAAGAAAAAUAUAUUCAAGCUGUCACAGGGAGAGUACGUUGCAGUGGAGAAUCUUGAGAAUGUGUAUGGGGUUCUCCAAGAGAUAGAUUCGAUAUGGGUUUAUGGAAAUAGUUUUGAAUCUUUCCUUGUUGCUGUCAUAAAUCCCAACCAACAAGCUCUUGAGAAUUGGGCUAAACAAAACGGUAUUGCUGGGAGUUUUUCUGAACUGUGCAAAAAUUCAAGAGCUAAAGAAUAUAUUAUUUCAGAACUCAUAAAGAUUGCAAAGGAAAAGAAGCUGAAAGGCUAUGAGUUCAUAAAAGCUAUCCACCUUGACCCGUUGCCAUUUGAUAUGGAGCGUGAUCUUAUAACCCCAACAUACAAGAAGAAACGACCACAGAUGCUUAGGCACUAUCAGGGAAUCAUUGAUGCACUCUACAAGACCGCGAAGUAAACGAGCAACGUUGUAAUCUCACUGUGGUUGUAUAUAUAAAUCCAAUUCACGUUGUCAUAUGUGCCUAUCCACUCAUACAAGAAUGGAAACAGAAUAACAGAUCAUAGCCUCUUUCUUCUGCUGAAAUAAUUACCAUUCAGAAACGUUGUGACAGGGAUUGUCUUUGCUAGAUCAUUCUAUUGUUAGGCAUCCCAUGUUUUGCACAACUUAAUGACUAUAUUCCCUUAGAAUCUAAUUCUGUGUCAUGUACUAGUGCUAUUUUCUGGUUGCUUAGCAAAUGAUAAGAACUAUUCCUUGUGCGGCUGUGACCCACAAAACCUCCCUUUUCUUGGGUCAGCACACGGGCGUAAGCACGAGCUGUGAAGCCCUGCGUCACUGUCAGGUUCCUUCUCACCUCCUGCUGCUCUACACGCGGAAACAGGUUUGAAGAUUCCUGGUCAGUUCUUCCAACCUUCUAAGUUGACCUCUCUUUUGCCAAUAGACCAAUAGUAUUGUGCUCUGCUUCUCUUCUUCUUUGAUCAGUUUGACCAAGUAGCAAUUGGAGUGAAGGGUUGACUGGUCAGCAGUCAACACUGUCUCUGAGCUUUGAACAUUCCUAAGUCCACCAAACUUUGCCAAAAAGCAAUUAUGUGGUGAGUGAAUGCCAACAAAAAAGAGAGGGAGGGAGGUAUCAAAGCUUAAAUGCAACAGUAUAUAAUGUCAUUGUCACAGUGAGAAUAAGCAUACCACAUCAGGCUCCAGAUAUGUCUGUGUUCUGAAAGGCAUCGCAUUAAUACCUGCAAGUUCGAUGUAAUAUCCAUGAGCUUUGGGAAAAGGUUUAAGGUUGGAGCUAAUUAGAUCAACACACUUGUUAUCUUUAUUUCUCACAAGUCAAAAGUUGUGAACUUUAUUAGGGUAGCUUAAGGCUUCCGGUGAAUAUGACAUUAACAAAAAGGAAAAUAAUAAAAGCCAA